AACGCAACCUCUCUCUCUCUCUCUCGCUCUCUCGCUCUCUCGUUGCAGCUUCCGACGCCAUGGACGAAGACCAGAAGUCCAUCCUCCUCAAGGCCUCCGCCCGCUUCCCCAUCCCUCCAGGCGCGAAGUUCUCGUACGGCACCGCCGGGUUCAGGGCCGACGCGCUGGUCCUCGAGUCGACGGUCUACCGGGCCGGCAUCCUGGCCGCCCUGAGGUCGCUCCAGACCCGGUCCGUGACCGGCCUCGUGAUCACCGCCUCCCACAACAAGAUCUCCGACAACGGCGUCAAGAUCGCCGAUCCGAGCGGCGGCAUGCUCACGCAGGCUUGGGAGCCGUUCGCCGACGCUCUCGCGAACGCCGCCGACUCCAAUCAUCUCCUCCAGCUGAUAAUCGAAUUUGCAAAGAAGGAGGGCAUCUUGAUUGAUGGACAUUGCAGAGCUGAGGUUUUGUUGGGAAGAGAUACGAGGCCUAGUGGAGAAUCUCUUCUUGAAGCUGCUAAACAGGGAAUUAAUUCCAUUGUCGGAUCAGCUGCCGUUGACAUGGGUAUCCUUACAACACCGCAAUUGCAUUGGAUGGUUCGUGCUAGGAAUAAGGGCUUGAAAGCCUCUGAACGGGAUUAUUUUGUGCAGCUCUCGAGCUCUUUCAGGUGGUUGAUGAAUUUGGUCCCUGGUGAACGCAAGGUUACUGGGACAGACAAUAAACUGGUUGUGGACGGUGCAAAUGGGGUGGGUGGAGAAAAACUUGAAUGUUUAAUGAAUAGGUUGGAUGGUUUAGUUAUUGAGGUUCGUAAUACUGGGAAAGGGGGAGGUAUUUUAAAUGAAGGAGUUGGUGCGGACUAUGUGCAGAAGGAGAAGGUUGUACCUCAAGAAUUUGGAUCGAAUGAUAUUGGAAUGAGGUGCGCUAGUUUGGAUGGAGAUGCUGAUCGUCUCGUGUAUUUCAUAGUGCCAUCUGUGAGCAGCCACAACAUCGUGCUUGUAGAUGGGGACAAAAUAUUAUCCUUGUUUGCAUUAUUUAUCAAAGAGCAGCUAGGCAUACUCUACAAGGGGGUGGAUGAAAACAAUGCUUAUAAGGCUCGUCUUGGAGUUGUACAGACAGCUUAUGCCAAUGGCGCAUCAACAGACUUUCUGAAGGAGUUGGGUCUAGAGGUUGUGUUAACCCCGACGGGCGUUAAGUUUUUACAUGAGAAGGCUGCGGAAUGUGAUAUUGGCAUCUACUUUGAGGCAAAUGGACAUGGCACCAUUUUGUUCUCAGAUAGCUUUCUCAGUUGGUUGGAGAAGAGACACAAUGAGCUUUCUUCAAUGUCUGAAGGUUCAGAGCAGCAAAAAGCUGCUAUGAGGCUGCUUGCAGCCAGUAAGCUUGUCAAUCAAGCAGUAGGAGAUGCUUUCAGUGGGCUGCUGCUAGCUGAAGCCAUCUUGCAAAAUCUCAGCUGGUCAAUCAACCGAUGGAAUGAACUCUAUCAGGAUCUACCUAGUAGACAGCUCAAGGUAAAAGUUAUGGAUAGAACUGCGGUUGUCACAGCAAAUGCAGAAACAGUAGUCGUGAAGCCCUCUGGCAUUCAAGAAGCCAUCAAUGCUGAAACUGUUAAAUACCCUCGUGGCCGAUCUUUCAUACGCCCGUCAGGCACCGAGGAUGUUAUCCGAGUUUAUGCGGAGGCCUCUACUCAGGAAGGAGCAGAUAGUUUAGCUCAUUCUGUAGCAAAGCUUGUGGAGCAGUUCCUCGGAUAGCAUCUUUGUAACAAAUUUUCCUCCCCUCGAGAGAAAUGACAAGUCUCUUUCCGAGAUUAGAAUGAUCAGUUCAUCGUGUCGACUGAAAAUUGAAUCACUAGUUCAUGGCUGUACGAUCAUUCAUGGGGAAUUUUGUUAUUGCUGAUCGAAGCUUUCUUUAACCC